AUGGAAGAUUUCUCAGUUACCACUAAUGCCUUAGGAACGCCGAAAACUGCGUUAGAAGCUUCUAGAGAAGCUUGUUACACUUGUCAUCAUUAUCCUCCAGCAAACCAAGAACCUUCCAAAACUUCCCUUGCACGAUUUAUUUGGCCUAAUAGUUAUUUAAGACAUAAAGAUAAGUUGCUUAUUGGAAAUGGUGCAAGCGAAUUAAUCGAUUUGGUAAUACGUUCUGCUCCGAAAGGUCCUUGGAAACCAGGUCCUUGGGAUAUUCAAUAUAAAGAAUAUCAAAGGUCAGCAGAAAACAAUGAUCGUGUUAUUCUUCAUCCUCAAGACAAAACAAGAGCCAUGCUCACAUGUAUUGUAAAUCCAUGUAAUCCUACUGGAGAUUAUUUAACUGUUGAAGAAUUAAAACAGUGGAUCCCUUGGCUAUCUUCCGAGUUCCGAUCUGAUUCUCUUACUUCUCAACAUGAUUUUAUUAAUUCAUUAUAUGAAACAAGAAAAAUUUCUAUAUACAUUAUACACUCUUGGACUAAGAUUUGGUCAUGUACAGGUUUACGUAUUGGAUCUGUGGUUUGCCCUACGAAUAAACAUUGUGAUAUAUUAAAACGAGUACAAAUUCCAUGGAGUGUUAAUAGUCCAGCAUUGGCAUUUUUGGAUGCGGUAGUUAAAGAUAAUAAGUACAUGGAACAAACAUGGGAAUUUACAAUUCGAUGGCGUAAAGAACUUAUUAAUAGAUUAAGGGAACUUUCAAACGCUAUUGUUAAAUUUCAUAAUGAUGAAAAAUGUGAAUGGAUAUUUUAUGGAAAAGAUUUUUUAUCUUGGGUAUGGAUUGAUAUGAGGUCAAUAAAAAUCGCUGAAGAUGCCGUUUCCAAAGCAAAAUUUGCUGGUGUUCCUGUUAGAAGUGGUAAUCCGGGAUAUAAUCGACCAACUUAUGUACGAGUUGCAGUUAGAGAGCCUUCUAAAGUGGAUAUUUUGAUUAAAGCUUGGGCGACCUUAGGAACCCAAUAA